UAUAAAGACCCCCCAGUAGACUAGCGAAUAUACACAUUAUCAAGAGACUCAUGCAUGAGGGUUAAAAUCUAAUGGAGUUUUUGUUAGUAUAAAAAUUUAAUUUUGAUUAACCGAGUGACCAUCAUCAUCAUCAUGUUACUGAGAACCACAUCUGCUCCAAUACUCAACUCAUGGCUACAACAACACUGCUCGAGAGAAUCGUCACCGGAGCCGGAGUCACUGCUCCAGCCCCGAAACAGAUCGUUGUCUCUUCUCGCUUCAAAGUCCAUAGAUGAACACACUGGGGAGAUAUUGCACCAAGCUUUCUCUGAGCACAGGGAAAGCGUUCUUAAAUCAAGUUACAACGUACAUGACAGCAGUAACGUAUUACCACGAAAGCAACGAAGGUCAUCGUUAGAUGAAAGUUCCCAUGGAACAGCCUACAACGGAAAGAUUUUGGAUCCGUCCUCGAACCUUUUAACGGAAAGACUGUUCUCGGGCUCUAGGCUGGGAGAGAAGGUCAGUGAUGUUGAAGAUCAUCCGGAGGCUCUUGUGAUGGGUGGUGGUGGUGGUAUGGGGAGCAGCGGCGUCAAGAUCUGUAACGGCGGAGAUGACAGUGGAAGAAGUGGAAGUGAGGACGCCACCGAUGUGUAUUACCGGGAGAUGAUCAACUUGACACCUGGAAAUUCGCUUCUGACCGGAAACUACGCCAAGUUUUUGAAAGAGCUAUGUGCAAGCUUCAUACGCAAGGUUUUUUGUGGGAUGUGGAGGAUGACGAGAAUAUGA